AUGGAUUGCAUGUGCGGUUCUUUGAAUAUCGUUUCGCUUGUAUACCAGCUAUUGGAUAUGCUGAAAUUCUACACGAGGUUUGAAAUCAGCGAUGAAUCCGGCGACCCGCUCACAGACCACGACAUGACACAAAUUCACUACUCUCGGAUUACAUCUUUACAGAAAGCAGCAUUUGCGAAAUUUCCAGACCUGAGAAACUUCGCUUUGGCAAACGUGGCCAGCGUUGACACAAGGAAGACACUGGAGAAACAUUUUGGACAGUUGAGCCAGGAAAAAUUACGCUUAAUUGCAACUUACCUAAAUCUGGUCCCACCUCCUGGAAAAGAAGACGAGUUCAAGUGGUGCAGGUUGGACGAGAUAUUUCUAAAAGAACUUUUGAUAUCACGACAUGAGAGAAGGGUCUCGCAACUAGAAGCACUGAACGAAAUGCCCCUUUAUCCUACCGAAGACAUCAUCUGGGAUGAGAACAUCGUACCUACUGCCUACUUCUCUGGAGAAGGUUGUCUCGCUCUACCGAAGCUAAAUUUGCAAUUCCUAACACUCCACGAUUAUCUGUUGAGGAAUUUCAAUCUUUUCAGAUUGGAGUCAACAUAUGAGAUAAGGCAGGAUAUCGAGGAUGCUGUUAGCAGGUUGUGUCCUUGGAAAGCUGAAGAUGACAGUAUCUACUACGGUGGUUGGGCACGGAUGGCACAGCCGAUAACGAAUUUCGCUGUAGUGGAAGUGGCAAAGCCUAAUAUCGGGGAGAAACGACCAAGCAGAGUACGAGCUGACGUUACUGUUAAUCUGUCUGUUAGGCAUGAAAUUAAGUCAGAAUGGGAGAAUCUGCGGAAGCACGACGUGUGUUUCUUGAUCACCGUGAAGCCAUUGAAUCCAAUAGGUACGAAGUAUAACUACAAAGAACCGUUCCUCUCGCAAGUCGGUUUGGAAUGCGUGCGAGGCUGCGAGGUAGAAGGGAUGCUCGACAGCAACGGCAGAGUGAUAGAAGACGGUCCUGAGCCGAGACCGCAGCUCCCCGGCGAACAGAGGACGUUCAGAGUGUGGCUUGACUGCAAUCAAUACAGGGAUGACAUGAACAAGAUCAACCAAGGCAAAGAGGAUGUCUACGAAAGCUUCAAUAUUCUGAUGCGCCGGAAACCGAAGGAGAACAAUUUCAAAGCCGUGCUAGAAACCAUCAGGGAAUUGAUGAAUACCGAGUGCGUUGUGCCUGAGUGGCUCCAUGACAUUAUUUUAGGAUACGGGGAUCCGAGCGCGGCGCAUUAUACGAAAAUGUCCAACCAAAUUGCGACCACGGAUUUCAACGAUACCUUCAUCGACAUGGAUCAUUUAAGAUCCUGCUUCCCCGGUUACGAAAUCAAAGUGAAGACCGAUGAUCCGAAAAAAUUAGUGAGACCGUUCAAGUUGUCGUUUGGUGAUCUUGGCAAGGAAGACGAAGAAGACCAACGGAAGGUGAUCACCGUCGAACCGCAUAUGAUUCCUAGGCGGGGACCGUACACGUUCAACGAACCUAAAAAGAAUAUGAUACAUUUCACACCGACACAAGUCGAAGCGAUCAAGUCCGGCAUGCAGCCAGGUCUGACGUUGGUAGUCGGUCCACCGGGAACUGGAAAAACCGAUGUCGCCGUACAAAUUAUCUCAAAUUUGUAUCACAACUUUCCUAACCAGAGAACGUUGAUCGUGACUCAUUCCAAUCAAGCGUUGAAUCAGUUGUUUGAGAAGAUCGUCGCCUUGGACAUUGACGAGAGGCAUUUGCUUCGUUUGGGUCACGGCGAGGAAGCGUUGGAAACCGAGCAGGAUUUCAGCAGAUAUGGACGAGUGAACUACGUGUUGGCGACACGGUUGGAUCUCCUGCUGGAAGUUGAAAGACUACAAAAGUCGAUGAAGGUAGAAGGUGACGUGGCUUAUACGUGCGAGACUGCAGGCCACUUUUACCUCUAUCAAGUCUUGUCUAGGUGGGAGCAUUUUCUAAGUGUGGUCAAGCCUCUCGGUGCAAAGGACGUGCACAGAAUCAAAGACGAAUUUCCAUUCCACGAGUUCUUCGAGCUGGCUCCCCAACCGCUGUUCAAAGGCGUCAGCUUCGAUGAGGACAUGGCGAUGGCGGAAAGCUGCUUCCGGUACAUCGAUCACAUCUUCAAGGAGCUGGAAGAGUUCCGAGCGUUCGAAUUGCUCCGAUCCGGCCUGGAUCGAUCGAAAUAUCUGUUGGUCAAAGAAGCGAAGAUCAUAGCGAUGACUUGCACGCACGCCGCUCUCAAGAGAAAGGAAUUGGUCGAGAUCGGAUUCAAGUAUGAUAAUAUCCUGAUGGAGGAAUCGGGGCAGAUAUUGGAAAUCGAGACUUUUAUUCCGUUGCUGUUGCAGAAUCCGCAAGAUGGUUUCAAUCGACUAAAACGUUGGAUAAUGAUCGGCGACCACCACCAACUGCCUCCAGUCAUAAAAAAUAUGGCGUUCCAAAAGUACUCGAACAUGGAGCAAAGCUUAUUCACGAGGCUGGUACGACUGGGCGUACCGACCGUAGAUUUGGACGGGCAAGGAAGAGCUAGGUCGAGCAUUUGCGAUCUGUACAGAUGGAGAUACAACCACUUAGGGAACCUGAAACACGUCGAGUCGUGGAAGGAAUACCAACUGGCUAACGCUGGGUUCGAGUACGACUUUCAGCUGAUCGACGUGCAAGAUUUUAAUGGAGUUGGAGAGUCGGAGCCCAGCCCUUAUUUCUAUCAGAAUCUAGCAGAGGCCGAAUAUUGUGUGGCGGUGUUCAUGUUUAUGCGACUGAUUGGAUAUCCUGCAAGCAAAAUCACAAUCUUGACCACGUACAAUGGACAGAAACACUUGAUUCGGGAUGUGAUAAAUACUAGGUGUGCCAACAAUUCACUUAUCGGGAAACCACACAAGGUGACAACUGUGGACAAAUACCAAGGCCAACAAAACGACUACAUACUGUUAUCUCUGGUUCGAACGAGAGCUGUGGGCCAUUUGCGUGAUGUCAGGCGAUUGGUUGUAGCCAUGUCGCGUGCCAGAUUGGGGCUCUAUAUUUUCGCCAGGGUAGCGUUGUUCAGGAAUUGUUUCGAGCUAGCUCCAGCACUUGAACAGUUAACAGCACGACCGACAAGAUUGCACCUGAUCCUGGACGAAGUGUUUCCAACUAGUCGACGUAACGACCAAAAACCUAACAUGAGGCCGAUGAUGGUUAGGGAUAUGACACAGAUGGCCAACUUUGUGUACACGCUUUAUCUAGGCAGAGUGAAACAGAUGAAAGAUUAUUACGAGCAAAUGGGGCAUAAAUGGGAGAAACCAGGCGAGGUGAAGGUCCAGAAGCAUGAAGGGUUGAUUUCGUCGCAUCCAGGCGAAGAUAGAGACACCGAUAGUGAAGACGAAGGAGACAGUGGGAGACAAUUGCCUGUUCCGAUAGAAGAAGAGCCUAUUGGUGAAGGUGAAGAGCAAAGGCAACAGGCUGAAAUGCAACAGGAUCAGACUGAAAGAGAUGAAACUAGAAUGGAAGCAACGAAUGAUAGUACCCGAAUGGAAACUGAAGAUAUAGCUGAACGAGAACCAGAGACCAGCGAAGAGACUGAGAUGCAAUGUGAAGUUGAUACUGGUGAAGCAGAAAACGAUGAGUGAUGAGAUAUACUACUCGAGUGUUAUCAGUAUUUUUAAGAAUAAACAUUUUUACC